ACGUCCACGUUUCCUCGUUAGUUUCGCAUGCAAGCCAACAACUACAACUGUGCCCUUAGCUAUAAAACCCAUUCCACAUUUGAACCCCACUUCUCUUCCGAACCCCUACCUUGGCUUCCUUGGUAAAAAAUACUGGCUUCAGUUUUGUGGACAUGAGGCUAUAUGUGUACGUGUUGGAGGUCAAAGAUUUGCCUGUGAAGGACUCUUAUGUGAAGCUUCGGGUUGGGAAGAACAAGUCCAAGACUAGGAUUUUGAAGAACACCAUUGUGCCGGUUUGGAAUGAAGAGUUUGUGUUCAGGGUCCAUGGUACGGAUGAGGAGCUUGUGGUGUCUGUUUAUCACCAUGUUGAGGAACCCAAAGUCUUCGGUGGCUCUGGGAACUUAUUGGGUCGAAUUUGGAUACCAUUAUGGUCUGUUGCUGCUGAGAAAAAUCAGACAUUGCCACCCACAUGGUUUCCUCUUGAAAGGCCUAAGACUGGGAAAUUCAUUAAUAAGGAUUGUGGAAAAAUCUUUCUCACCAUUUCUCUUCAUGGAAAAAGCUAUGAAACUUCCACCAACCGCCUCCUUUGUGCACAUUCAAAUAACAACAUCGAGGAGCCUAAAGAAUUGGAGGUUUCGUGCAUAUCAUGUCAGGACAUGUUUAGCUCCAAAGCUCCAAGCCGGAAAAUAGCAGAAGGAAAACAUUUGAUGAAGACUAUUGCUAAUCGUCUGGAGAAGAUAUUCCAUAAGAAUGAAGAAGCCUCGAGAAGUGAUGAUUCUUCGGAGUUAUCCAGUACAUUAUCCGACUAUGAGGAUUGCAUGGAGGAACAUUCCGCUAGCUGUAGCUUUGUAGAGGCUAUUGAGAUGAUGCAGUCAAGAUAUGAUGAACAAGAUAAAAUGCCUGAAAACCUGCAGGGUGGCAUUCUUCUAGAUCAGUUAUAUGUAGCAUCAUCCCAUGAUCUUAAUGCCUUUCUUUUUUCCCCGACUCGCAGUCUCAAAAACUUAGCAGAUGUACAGGGAACAAAAGAUGUGCAAGAGGGACCUUGGAUGUGGAAAUCAGGAGCCACAUCAAAUUUAACGCGAGCUGUUUCCUACACAAAAGCAGCAACAAAGUUAGUUAAGGCCGUUAAAGCCACAGAGGAGCAAACCUAUAUAAGAGCAGACGGAAGGGAAUUUGUGGUCUCAGUAAGUGUUAGUACACCUGAUGUUCCAUAUGGAAGUACAUUCAAGGUCGAAUUGCUUUACAAGAUAGUGCCAGGACCAGAGAUAUCUUCAGGAGAAGAAUCGUCCCGUUUAGUAGUGUCCUGGGGCAUUAACUUCCUUCAAAAGACGAUGAUGAGAGGCAUGAUUGAAGGAGGAGUUCCAGGACUGAAGGAGAGCUUUGACCAAUUUGCCAGCUUGCUCACUCAGAAUUUUAAAACUUUCGAUACUGUGUCCGUAUCCAACAAGGAUGAUGUGCUGGAAACUUUGGGAACAGAACAUCAAUCAGACUGGCAAUUGGCAACAGAAUACUUCUGGAAUCUCACUGUAGUUUCUGCCAUUUUUAUGGCUAUGUAUUUCCUAGUGCAUAUUCUACUCUCUGAGCCCAGCAAUCUCCAAGGCUUGGAAUUUAAAGGACUUGAUCUGCCAGACAGCUUAGGAGAGCUUAUCACUAGUGGACUUUUAGUCAUUCAGUUGGAACGUGUCUACAACAUGAUCUCACACUUUGUACAAGCAAGGUUGCAAAGAGGAAGUGAUCAUGGAGUUAAAGCCCAAGGUGAUGGGUGGGUUCUUACCAUUGCUCUAAUCGAAGGGAUCAACUUAGCAUCAUUAGUCUUGACAGAGUUUUCAGAUCCCUAUGUUGUCUUCACCUGCAAUGGGAAAACGAGAACAAGCUCUGUCAAGCUUCAAACUCGUGAUCCUCAGUGGAAUGAGAUACUUGAGUUUGAUGCAAUGGAAGAACCGCCAUCAGUUUUAGAUGUAGAAGUUUUUGAUUUUGAUGGUCCAUUUGACCAGGCCACCUCACUUGGGCAUGCUGAGAUCAAUUUUGUUAAACACACAUCUACUGAACUUGCAGAUAUGUGGGUUCCCCUAGAGGGAAAGCUUGCUCAGUCUUCUCAGUCGAAAUUACACUUGAGAAUGUUUGUAGAUAAUAAUAAAGGAGUUGAAAUGAUUAGGGAGUAUUUGACGAAGAUGGAAAAGGAAGUCGGAAAGAAGUUGAGUCUACGAUCACCUCACAAGAAUUCAACAUUCCAAAAAAUAUUUAUAUUGCCACCAGAAGAGUUUCUCAUCAGUGACUUUACAUGCCACCUGAAGAGAAAGAUGCCAUUACAGGGCCGGCUCUUUCUUUCCGCAAGAAUUGUUGGGUUUUAUGAUUUGUUUGGACAUAAAACUAAAUUUUUCUUUCUUUGGGAGGAUAUUGAAGAUAUCCAAGUGCUUCCUCCAUCCCUGGCAUAUGGCCAGCCUACACUGGUCAUAGUUCUGCGGAAGGAUCGAGGUCUUGAUUCAAGGCAUGGAGCGAAAUGUCAAGAUGAAGAAGGCAGGCUUAAAUUUUAUUUCCAGUCAUUUGCAUCAUUCAAUGGAGCUAGCAGGUAGUAGUGAAAUAAAAACAAUUAUGGCUUUGUGGAGAACAAGAACGUUGACCCCUGAUCAGAAAGCACAGAUUGCCGAAGAGCAGGAGGAUCAAGAUGACACGCCCCAUCAUGCUUGAAGAUGCUGGACCCAUUCCGGACGGAAGAUUGCAAAGUUGUCCUAAGGUUUUACUGCAGAAUUCCCAUCAAU